AUGUGCCUCCACGUCUGUUCUCACAAAGAAGAAGGUGAGCCCACUGGAAAUCCAAAAGCUCUGUUAGCCUUGUGUCACGUGCCCAUCUAAGCACUUCAAAUGGACAAGAAAGUACCCUUCACCAGCUCCAGGAUGUGAGUCGAUAUCCAUCUUACCUCAGGAAACACAACCCAGCACCACAGUAAUUUAAUAAAGGACUGGAGACAUGUUGGGGAUCUAUACCAAACCAGCCAAACCUGUCACAAAAUCAGGUUUACAAUACAUUUCACGGUGAAUUUAAAGACUUAAUUGUAUACAUUCAAAUGGCAUCCAAGUGAAAUAAGUUACCUUGAACUUGCCCAACCCAUUAAUAAACUACCGGAUCCCCAAAUAAGAACUCCGAGUCCAAGUCUAAUGGCUUUCACUAUGGAGACGACAGCUACAUCACCUGUAGACAAUCUUCGUUCACUACGUUAUCCAUGAUAAACCAUGAGAGGCGAAAACAGGAUUUCUUACCUGUGGCCCACAUAACUCCACCUAGCAUCGCUAAUGGAUAAAACCGUGGAGAUUUCAGAAACAAGUGCCUGAUUAAAGACACUGCCCAUAUUGACGCACAGGUUACCCAGUUGAAAAACAUUCCUGUAGGAUUGGUGUACAUUUUAAUAGUGAACAUUUCCCACGCUAUCACCUUCAGGACAGAAAAAGGUGGGCUGUCUGCUCACCGUCACCAGUGUCUAUCCUUUUUAUUGGGACAUAGCUGCUUCCAAAUAAAACUGCAGCAGCAAUAUUAGCAACAAAUCCAUAGGCUAAAUUUGUUGUGUUAUAGUUGAAAAAGAGAAGUGGAUCAACAGUGUUCGUUUCAAAACGUGUCUCUUCCUUUAUAUCUGCAAAUAAGUAGGAGACAGUACAGUUUAAUCGGACCGGUCCGAAAUGGAGGUUUAAGAAUAAACUAUAGGCUAUUAGUUUUUUUAUAAACGUGUUUUGAAUGCAAGUUACGUCUCUGUGUUUAAUCAUACCGAGUUCAACUUUCUUGGUUUGGGAGUUGUUCACAGACGAAAACAUGCGGAGGAUCCAAAUAAAAACUACACAUUGAUUGAAUAUCAUGUUUAAGUUUAGCAUUUGUGAUCUUUCUGAAGCGGACGACAGAAUUGACACUCAGAUUUCUGUUCCACAUGAGGGCGCGAUACUUGACUGGAACAGCUGAGACCAAUUAGCUAAAUUACGGCAUAAUAUCAUCACUCAGCUAGUAGUAGGCCUAAACAAUAAAAACUUUAAGAAAAGUUAAAACCAAUAAUAAACCUUACAUAAUCGGUUACUGAUAAGUUUCGUAGGCCUACCCAAAUUCUGAACCCACGUAAGACUUCGCAGCAUGCCUGAGCAAGCCUUAGAUAAUUUUGCUUGCACAAAAAAGCAUGUAACCUAAUGUUGUUUUCUUGUUUAAAAGUUUCGAAAUAAAAGUUUCGAAAGGUUGAAAAAUAUUUUGAAAAAAGUUUCAAAAGGUUGCAAAAAUUAUUCCGAAAAAAAGGUUUGGUGAAAUAUUUUCGAAAAAAGUUUAGCAAAGUUUUGUGUAGGCUACUUUUGCCAUCUCUGGUUGUAGGCCCAAUUCAUGCAAUUUAAUGCACCGGCUGUCAAGUCCAGCUUCUAUGCAGACAUUAACCAGCAGAGGUCACAUGGGAUUCAGUCAAAAUUAGUUUUUAUCGUUAUAGUCUAUUACUUUUUCAAUUAAAGUCAAUAAAUAUUGUAUAACGCACUGUGUGUGUGGAUGAAAAACAAAACGUACGUGAACGUUGAGACAAAUAAACUAACUCUGAGUUUUCACUUAAAUAGCAGGAAGCCUCAUGUCUUAAAUCUUUUUAGUCUUAAAUCGAAUUUAUGACAACAGCGGUUAUUCUUGACAAUCAUGGUUAGAGUUUAUCUGAUCUGAUCCUACUCUAAACAGUGUUAGCCUAUACAGAAAGCCAGUGUUAACCUAUACAGAAAGGCAACAAAGCCAACCCUUCUGUCGUGACACUUGGCUCUGUGAUAGAUCUAGCCUCGCUACAUUGAGAGUUUGGGCAUCAAGUAGCCUCGCUAGAGCAGCAAAACUGGAAAUGUUUUUCGGAAGUAAUGGGCAAUCCUCUGUUAAGUUCUUCGCAUAGACAGAGUCAACCAUGUCGGGUCAUUCGUCCUAAUGGAGAUUUGUAUUCGUGGAGACAUAAUAAAAUAUCUAUUUAUUUGGUCCUACACGUCUCUUCUGAGAAUAUACGGCUGCAUUCAGAGGCGCCCCCCGUCAAAGAGGAAUAUCGUUAUUGCGAGUGCGUGUUUUGUAUACUUAUUUUUCGUGGUUUCCCAAGUGGGACACUUUUUGCCGCACCAAGACAGAUGGACUUAUGAUCACAAGUACAAAAGUAUCCGUGGGUCUUCCUUGAAAACUGACGAUGACCCGUUUAAAACUGUCUACUCGCCUGCCGGUGAGAAUACAGACAUUGCGCUUUCGGUGGUUCCGACGCGGUCCAACGUGGUGUACAUAACGUUGAAGUCUAAGCGCCUCAAGCCAGCAAUUAUCAGGGGAACGGUGAAGCCUAAACUGAGGAGCAAAACGAGGAGGACAAAGUCCAAUAAUUACGCAUUCAUAACGCAGAAUAAUGUUGCCAAUUUAGAGAGGGAAGUAGAAAGAAAGCGUACUUAUGGCAAAGACAUUUCUUGGAAAGCAGUUAGGCAAAUAGGUCAGACUUCACCUGAAACUGGCAAUGGCGCGAGGACAAUAGUAGAAACAGAGCCUCACGUGAGUUCUAUUCGAAUAUACAGUGAAAGAUCUCCACCGUGGUACAGCAAAAAAGACAUUGAUGCCAUGCGCUUCCUUGCCGACGGCAAAGUUUUGCACAUUAACGAGGUGUCAUACAAGAGUUUUCCUCCAUUUCUGAUGUUUGAAACCACAACUAAGGAUUCGUCGAAUCCUUCUCCUACUGAAAAUGACUUUAAGAUAUGUCGGGGACUGUGCGGAAUUAUAAAAAGGCCCAUUGACACCAGCGAAGUAUUUGCUUUCCAUUUGGAUAGGGUCCUGGGACUUAAUAAGAGUUUACCCGCAGUGAGCAGAAGAUUCAGUCAUUUUCAAGAUGAACAGCCCUGCCCAGUAGUAUUAUGGGAUGCAUCUCUAUACCCAGGGGGCAGUGAGGUGAACCAGUCAGCUGUGAGGCUGACCUGGGGACAGUACCAGAGCACUCUCAAGCAGAGGUGCUGGCACAGGAACAUCUCUCCCAAGCCUGGCUCCAGCUGUUCCUCCAUACACCACUACGAGUGGAGCAAGCUGGCCCUGUUUGACUUCCUUCUACAGAUUUAUAAGCGUCUGGACCAGAGUUGCUGUGGUUUUAGGCCUCGACCGCAGGAUGAGUGUGUGGAACUGGACCAACAUGCUGAGUGUGUGGACGAGGACAGCAUCGCACUGGCCAACAUCAUCUACAGGGGUCAUGACCCAAGACACCUGGUCUUCUCUGACAACAAGGGCUUCUUUGAUCGCGACGAGGACAAUCUGGAUUUUAAACUGCUGGAGGGAAUCAAGGAACUCCCGGAGCAUGCAGUGGGGGUGCUGAGGAGCCAGAGGCUGAGGGAGCGGCUGCUGCAGGCUCUCUUCCUGGACCGCAUAUACUGGGAGAGCCAGGGAGGCCGCCAGGGCAUCGAGAGGCUCAUCGACGUCAUCGAGAGACGAGCCAAGGUCCUCCUCACCUACAUCAACGCCCACGGUGUCAGAGUGGUUCCCAUGAACGUGUGAUUUAUGUGGAUGUGUGAUUCAUGUGGGUGUGUGAUUCAUGUGGAUGUGUGAUUGCUACGGAUGUGGGAUUCAUUUGAAUGUGGGAUUUCUAUGAAUGUGGAUUCAUAGUCAUGUUUAUUUGCUGUGAAUGAGUGAAGCUGUCGUGUAUGAAUAAGAUGCUUGGAUUCAAUCAAACACUGUCCAAAUAGUCCUAGUUUUUAUUUUAUUUUCAUUGUCAACAUGUAUUUGCUGCCGUUGUGUGACCCACAUUAUACAGUACACCUCUCAACUUUGAACUAUUGUCAGCUUAAGCCAGAUUUAGGUUCACAUCCACAAAACCAAAGCUAUGAUUGUCUGUCCUUAAAUCCAAAUAUAUCAUGAACCAAAUGGCCUUUUUAUUUUGCUUGGUUGUCAUUUCAAGCAACCAUACUUUGUAUUAACCUUGAAUGGAAUGCACUGCACACAAGUUUGAGACUUUUCUGUUACCAGUGUGUGUGACUGGAAUGCAGAUCUUUAAAAAGCCUCUUAGCUUAACAAGCUAAAGUACGAAAUUCUCCAUGGCUUUAGUCUAGAGAGGAAAACCUUUGGAAAACUUUAAUUUUGUAAUAUAGCUUAUUUUCCUGGCUGCCAAAUGUAGUUUAUUUGUACCUUAAAAACUUAUCUUGUAAAAUAUUAAUGUUUUUUUUUUUUUUUUUUUUAAAAGGUCUCUUGCAUAACUGAAUGAUGGAAUAUUUAAUGACAUCUUGUUUUUAACUGUAUCUGUUUGUUGUAUGUGAGCGAAUGUUGGCACAGGGUUGUCGGGACCAGAGCAGAAAAAAAUAAAUCAAACCUUAUAAAAAAAA